CAUGACAUACGUGCCGCGGUUCUGUCAGCAAAAAUAACGCGUGUCGAAAUCCACAAAAAAUCGAGCUCCGGCACUCGUCUUCGGUGUGGAAUUUAUUGAUUUUUCCCCUUUUGCGCUUCGCACUAGUCGUCGUUGCAGCGAUUCUUGUUCGUUUGUGAAUAAGAUCUGUUUUCGUGGCAUCGUACAUCGUGAGAGACUAUUAAUAAAAGCGCAAAAUGGCUGCUGCAGCAAUGGCACACGAGAAACUGUGGACGGAGAAAUCCACGAUGAACGCGGCUGAGAAGGCGUACCACGAGUACAUGUCCAAGCUUUCCGCUGCGGGGAAGAUGGAGUCGUCCGAUGGAGUGGCGGCAGGAUCAAAAAUAGAACAGCCGAAAAAGGGAGGAAACGCUGCCGCACCGCAACAGUCACAGCAGCGGCAACAGCAGCAGCAGCAAGGUCAGCCGAGAAAGAUGGACGUUGCGUCGGUCGAAUCUUCACCGCCACCGGCGGCGGCAGCAGAUGCGCCGAAAUCGAAAAAGGACAAAAAGAAGAAGAACAAGGGCAAGAAAGAAAGUACUCCAACCGAUACCGAGUCUUCCGAGAAGGCAGCUAGCACGGAUGCAGUGCCAGAGCCCCAACCACCCGUCGCCGAGCCGGCCGAGGUGCAGAAGGAAACGGGCAAGAAGAAGUCGAAGAAAUCCAAAAAGUCCAAGUCGCAGGAAGAUCCAUCGUCGGUGCAAGACAACGAUAAUAAGUAUCAGGAGACUGUGCAGCAGCAGAACGCCAAGAACCAGAAGGAGAAGGAGAAUCUGGCCCAUAAGCUGUGCGACAACAUAACGGAGGAAUUGAACAAGAUCAACUCCGUUCCAUCUCAGUGCACUUUGGCAUCGGAAAUUUCGAAAGCCCGGCAACACAUCAAAAAUUCCCUCGAACGGAUGGAUGGUAUUGCCGCAUUGGCAGCUAGCCCCGGAGCCGAGUUGCUGGAUCGUUUGUCCUCGGUGGAGAAGGAAAACGAGAAGCUUCGCUCGAUUAUUGAUGGACUGAACAACCUUGUGAUUGACCUGCACGAGCGCGUUCGCUCGCUCGAAUCGGGCAGUGGCAAAUCGGCCGCCCCCGCCAAACCCGCUGCCGCCGCGCCCAAGCCUGCCGCCCCCGCCAAGAAGGCCGAAGCGGAAGACGACGACGACGAUGUCGAUCUGUUCGGUUCGGAGGAUGAGGAUGAGGACAAGGCGGCAGCCGAGUUGCGCGAAAAGCGUCUGGCUGAGUACGCGGCGAAGAAGUCGAAGAAGCCGGCCCUGAUCGCUAAGUCGAACGUUAUCCUCGACAUCAAGCCAUGGGACGAUGAAACCGACAUGAAGGUGAUGGAGCAGGAGGUGCGGAAAAUCAGCGCCGAUGGACUGUUGCUCGGUGCGGCCAAGCUGGUGCCGCUGGCGUACGGCAUCCACAAGCUGCAGAUGUCGUGCGUUAUCGAGGACGACAAGAUUUCCGUCGACUGGCUGCAGGAGGAGAUCGAAAAGAUUGAGGAUUACGUGCAAAGUGUGGAUAUUGCUGCAUUCAACAAGAUUUAACGUGUGUGUGUGUGUAUGACUUCCAGCAGUACCUUCCCGGGGGAUUAUCCGGCAACACAUUUUUAAUCGAUUUUAUCACAUAAAUAACUCAAGACACGACAGUAAAAACUCGGAGGCAGAGAUGAGAUGAUGAAAGGCGGAAGAAUCGAACAAAGAACGCUGGUCGCCAUCUUUCUACCUUAGUGACGGUUGCUUCUUUCAAAUUGAAAGUACAUUAAUGAAAUAUUCUAUCCUAUUGCAUCUGUGUAAAUCCGAGUUUGAUGAAGUAAACACACAUACCUUUCCCACAUCUACGUAGACGCAUUUGGGUGUUCAUAAAUGAAUGUAUGCGAAACAAAAGUAAUGCUUAAAACAUGGUCGUAAAUAAAACCAGGCUCUGGAAACGGUACUGCCUUUCAAAAACAAAAAAA